AUGGAAAUGGAAAUGGUGCAGCAUCAUUCUGGAGGUGAUUUGGAAGAGGGAAUCCAUUAUCGAGGACAUGGAGACGCCAAGGACUUCGCAAUAGACCAGGAAAGCCUAGUUUCACUAUUGGAGUUCGAUGGCUUUUCUCAUAGUCAAUUCCAAAGAAUCGAAGAGAUUGCAGCUGCUCUAGAGACUAGUGUUUCUACAGGAAUAACCGGAGAUCCGGAAGAUCUUAAUCGUCGCAGAGACUAUUUUGGCUCUAACCAUGAGGAUGGUCUCUUGGAGGUAGCACCAACCGAUACUAGAAAAUCCUUGUCCAGGCGAACUCUAGAAUGUUUCAAAGAUCCAAAUGUUAUUAUGCUUUUAUUCUCUUCCGCACUAUCUUUAAUCCUCGGCAUCUUGAAAUAUGGAGUUAAAAAAGGGUGGUGCGAUGGUUUCAUCAUACUUAUUGAAGCAUUCAUUACUGUCCUUGUAAAGAUUUACAAGGAAAGAUACCUUGAGGUGUCUAUUAACAGGCAGAGCCUGGAGGAAACAGUGCAUGUAAUGAGGGAUGGAAGCUUGCAACAGGUGCCUAUCUCUCAGGUUGUGGUCGGCGAUGUCUUAAGUUUGAAGACUGGUGAUAGGGUUCCUGCAGAUGGCUUGUUCAUCAGUGGAAGCUCGUCAUUGAAGCUCAAUAAUGCUGGCAGCGAGUCUUUUGACAUGGAUAGCUCCCGGUUCCAGGCAAUAUUUGCUGGAGCCACAGUGGUGAGUGGGGAAUGCCGUAUGCUUGUGAUUUCGGUAGGAUCAAACAAGAGAUGGAGCAAGAUGAUAAACUCUAUUGGAAGAGGCGAUAAAAGUGUUAAAGCUCAGUUGAUGACCAGGGUGGACAAUUUAAGCUCGAGAAUGGAAAAGUUGGCAAUCCUCUUCCCCUUGGUUCUUCUUGUGGUUCAGUUGUUGUGUUAUCUCAUAAGAAGAAGCUUAACGUCAAGCAAUAAUGAUGAUGACAAAGGCCUGAACAACCAUGGCAUGAAUUCCACAAUGGAUGAACUGAUGAGUCAAGUUACAACACUGAUAAACAGACACGCUGGAAUCUUUAGUCGAUUCCUGGCCGUUACCAGUGUGUUGCUUAUGGCAAUCAGAGAAGGUUUGAAUUUAGGGGUUUUUAUCUGUCUCUCGUACUCAAGAAGGACCUUGGAGUUAGAAUGUCGUGUCAUGGUCAGAGAUCUUGUGGCCUGCGCAGCGGUGGGACUGGCUUCCACCAUUUGUACAGGCGAAACUGGUGAUCUGAGUUUAAAGAAGAUGAAUGUCGCUGAGCUUUGGAUUGGUGGAGAGAUGGUCAGUGAUGCAGCGACGAUUGUUUCUCAAGAAGUACUUGAUGUAUUGCAUGAUGGGGUUGGCCUCAAUGUCUAUGGUCCAGUAGAGGAUGCUCAAAUUUGCUGGGUUAGAUUGGCGCUGGGAGUUGAUGUUGGAAAAUUGAAGCAAGAUAGCACCGUCGUUGAAACUGAAGCCUUCGAUUUCGAUAGGGCUUGCAGUUGUACCUCCUUAACGAAGAAGAAGGAAAUGACAAUGGGUAAAUCGAUUGUGCAUAAGCACUUGAAUGGUGUUCCAGAUGAUGUGCUUCCGUUUUGUCGAUAUUACUGUGAAGUAAAUGGAACAGUGAAAUUAAUUGAUGAAGAUCAAAGAGCUGUAUUUGAUAGCAUUUGUCAACAUAUUGCUGCCGAUAGUACCCAUUGCUUAGCUUUUGCAUAUCAACAAGUUGUGGUGUCAGAAGGAGAGGAACAGCAAUUGGAAGAUAAAAAGGAAAUUUCCAAAUUCGCAUGCUAUGAUGGAUUCAUCUUAUUAGGCAUAGUGGGUUUCAAGAAUCCAUAUCCACUGGAGAUGAAAGAGGCUGUACAAGCCUGCCGGGACGCUGGCAUUGGCAUCAAACUAGUGCUCAAUGAAGACAGAAAUAUAGGCAGGUUCAUUGCUGUCAACUCCGGAAUCAUCAGCCGUGGAGAUUUACAAAAAGCGGUUGUUGAAGCAGCCGAAUUCCGGAGCCUCUCAGAUGAAGAACGAGAAAGAUUGAUUGAUCAUAUCCAGGUGAUGGUAAAUUCUACUCCAGUUGACAAGCUGCUACUGGCACAGUGCCUAAGAAAGAAAUUUGAUGCAGUAAUGGUUAUCGGCGACAAUAGUAUGGACUUCCCAUCAUUGAAAGAAGCGGAUAUUGGACUUUUGUUGGGCAGCGUAAGCGAAAAUGCUGUAUGCAACGAGAAUUCUGAUGAUGAGAUUGUGGUUAUGGAUAGAAGUUUCGCUACUGUUGCUUCAAUUUUAAGGAGGGGAAGGCAUGCGUACAGUAACAUGCAAAAAUUUGUCCAAUUACAUCUUACUGCCAUGAUUGCUGCAGUUGCUGUAAACUUCGUUGCGGGGAUUCCCUCGGGAGAAAGCCUCUUUUCACCGCUACAGGUUUCGUGGGUUAGCCUAAUCAUUGUUGACACUCUCGGCGCCUUGGCUCUGGCAACCGAUCAACCUAACCAGAUUUCUUCAUUGCCUAUGCCUGUAAUCCAUGGUGCUGGUUCAUCACUCAUAACCAGAAUUAUGUGGAAAAAUAUUGUGUUUCAAGUUAUAUAUCAGGUUAUCAUAUUUAUAGUCUUGCACUUCAAAGGAAGUGAAAUAUUCCAUGUUGAGCAUGCAGUGGCGGAUGCUAUGAUCUUCAACAGUUAUGCUUUGUGCCAGAUUUUUGUAUUGUUGAACGCGAGAGAGAUUGAGAAGACUAAUGUUCUUGAGAACCUUUACAAGAACUCGCGGUUUUUGUUGGCGGUACUGGCUAUGGUUCUUCUACAGUUCACAUUCAUAGAAAUUUUCACAUAUUUCAGUCCUGCGGCUAAGCUAGGCCUGCAAAAAUGGUUGGUCUGUGUUGCCAUAUCAUCUCUAUCCUUGCCUAUUGGUUUUGUCGUUAAGUUUAUACAGGUCUCUGGGUAUGGCGAGCGGCGAGUCAUCCAAGGAGAGCCAGAAGCGAAAAAGAGAGGUCUCCCAGAAAGUGCGGGAGAUGAAGCGGCCGAGGCCCUUGGGCGCCCAAGCAUGAUCCCGGGGAAAUUCAAGGAGGCUCGUCUCAACCCUCGAGACAGCCAAUCCCUGACACAGAAGUGGUCCGGUCCCCUCCUCGUCAAGAAGAGCCGCCACCACCUCCUCCGGUUGCUUCAAGCGCAAGGGGAGAAGGCUCACCGCUUGAGGCAAAAGGUCGAGAAG